AUUUCACAUCCGGGUCAACGUUUGAGUAAACUCGCGGGAACAUGACUGAAGGCCAAGCUGCCGAAGCGUAUAAAUUGCUGGCCGAAGGAAAGAAGCUUCUCAUCGUCGGAGAUGCGGUGAACGCUGCUUCCCGCCUUCAGGAUGCAACAGAGCGGCUAGAAAUGUUGUUUGGAGCUGGAACUAAGGAGUGUGGAGAAGCUUAUCUCUAUUAUGGAAAGGCUCUGCUGCAAGAAGCAAGGAUCGAGAUUGGAGUGUUUGGAGGUAGUGUUCCUGGUGUGAAGGAGCAGGAUGAUGUCGAGGGAAGUGAGAAUGAAAACGAUGAUGAAGGUGAUGGAGAAAAUGGGAACAACGAAGAGGCAGAAGGCGAAACUGAUACCAAAGAGACGAGAGAUGAAACAGAGGCAGAAGAGAAGGAAGAUGAUGUUAAAACACAAGAUGAUGGUGAGACAGGUGACGCUACACACACUUCAAGUUGUGAUGAUCAUCAAACUGAUGAAACGAAUGUUGACCAAGCAGGAAGCUCAAAGAUGGAUGAAAACAUCGAGUCAAACAAUCAAAUUGACGGCGAAAGAUUAGAACUUGCAUGGGAAGUGUUGGAGGCAGCUCGUGUUAUCUUCAGCUCUCAAUCAGGACAAGAAGACAAACUCAAUGAAGCCGAAGCUCACCUCAGACUGGCAGAAGUCGGACAAGAGACGGGACAAUAUGAGCAAGCAGUAGGAGACAUCCAACAAUGUCUAGCAAUACAAACGUCAGUCUUGGAACCAGAUGACAGGCAACUGGCAGAAACGUAUUACCUCUUGGCUGUGGGCUUGGGACAGGCUAAUCGAUUUGAUGACGGGGUAAGAGAGUUUGAACAAGCGAGCAGAGUUCUGAACAUGAGAAUUGAAAACAUCACACAAAGGCUUCAAACCGCCAACCAAUCAACAGCGUCCGAAAACGCCAAAGAAAUCGAAAAGGAACGAGACGAGUUGACAGAGUUGGAGGCAAUUUUACCAGAAAUACAAGAAAGAAUUGAUGAUUUCAAAGAGAGCAAACGUGCAAUCAAGGAGAUUACAGCAGAAGCACUCGGAUUGUCUGGAGGCCUAACUGGCAGCUCGUCUGCAACAUCGGAAUCUCAUCAGCAGUCUGAAACAGGAGCAUCAACCACAGGGAGUGUGUCCAACUCGAAACAAGUAAACGACAUCAGUCAUUUGGUGAAACGAAAGAGAAAAGCUCCAGCAGAAGACACCGAAGUCAAACGAGCGAGAAAUGAAGACUAAACUAUCAACCACAAUCAAACAGCAAACCAUGUACACGAUAAACACAUGCAACCGUGCAGGUGUACACUAAACCUACGCUAACAAUGUACUCAGAUAGUAACCUCAUUGUAUCCACGCUGAUGCAAAUAAAGUGUGUGCAGUACCAUCAACAAUAUUCACUAUCAA